CAAGGAGGGACCGGCCGACUUUCGCUUCUGGAUUGCCUUCGUCUCACCUCUGCUUCUUUUUUCUUCUUCCAUGUAACAAUUCCUCCCGAGUCCUGUCCCCUCGUCGCACAUCCACGGCAGAGAGAACGUGUGACCGCAAGCAAUCGAUCAUUCGCCCCGACCAACCAACGACUGUGCUCACUUUUCCCCCGCGCCCGAUCUUCCCCGACUCUCUCCAUCUCUCUCUCUCUGUGACGGUUCGCCCUCCACCCCUUCACAUCACUCACCAUGUCCACCUCGGCUACGCAGCCUGUCAUAACGCCCUCGGGCGGGAACACACAGAGGCCAGUCGUGCGCGUCGGCUCGCGGAAAUCGGCACUCGCAAUGCUCCAGGCCGAAUGGGUCGUCGCGUCGCUCAAGAAGCUGCACCCAGACGUCGACUUCGAGGUCCGCGGGAUGCUGUCGACAGCAGACAAGGACAAGAUCACGGCGCUGUACAAGUUCGGCGGCAAGGGACUAUGGACGAACGAGCUCGAGGCCGCGCUCCUCGCCAACGAGCUCGACAUGAUCGUGCACUGCGCCAAAGACAUGCCCACGUCCGUACCUGAGGGGUGCACGCUCGCGUGCUUCACGGAGCGCGAGGACCCGCGCGACGUCGUGGUCGUGAAGAAGGGGCUCGAGGAGAAAUACAAGACGCUCGCGAACCUCCCCGAUGGUGCUGUCGUGGGGACGAGCAGCGUGCGCCGCAUGGCGCAGAUCAGGAGGCGCUACCCGAGACUCCGCUUCCAGGACAUGCGCGGCAACAUCGACACGCGGCUGCAGAAGCUCGACGCCGCGGACAGCGAGUACUCUGUUCUCAUCCUCGCCGCGGCCGGCCUGCACCGCACGAGCAGACACGCGCGCAUCGCGCAGUAUCUGGACCGAGACACGGAGGGAGGCGGCAUGUUAUACGCUGUCGGACAAGGCGGGCUGGCGCUCGAGACGCGCGCGGACGAUACCCGGACGCUGGAGUUGCUGCGGCCUUUUGAAGACGAGAAGACGAUGUUGGCGAUCGAGACGGAGCGGAGCAUCAUGCGCACGCUCGAGGGCGGGUGCAGUAUCCCGAUCGGUGUCGAGACGGCGUGGCUGGAAGGGGAUAAGUUGCGGCUUACUGGGUGCGUGGUUAGUAUCGAGGGCACCGAGGCCGCGGAUGCCGAGAGCGUCGAGGAGGUGACUACAAGGGAACAGGCCGUUGCGUUCGGCAAGAGGGUUGCGCAGAUGCUGGUGGACAAUGGCGCGCAGAGCAUCCUCGACGUCAUCAAUGCGGACCGCGAGGCGAGUAGGGAUAAGGCGGAGCCGUGGGUACCUGCGUGAAAAUACGUUGAAAUACAAAUAAAUAGGCGUGGACGACAUGAAUAGCGCGCAUACUCGUGUAUAUAUAUGCAUAAGAGGCAUACGGACAGACGCAAAUCGCACGAUAAUGAUGAUGAAACUACGACGGGAUAUAGAAGGGAGGGACGAUGGCAUUGUUUCACAGGUAUAAGGGACAUAAGAUGCCGAAAUCAAAUCAAGCAGGUUUGGGAAUGUUGUAGUAGUUGCUGUUCGCGAGAAAAGAAGGCAAUAUGCUUCGCCUCAUUUCUGCAGAUAUGAUUGCUUAUUGCGCAAGCUUUCUUCAGAUGAUUAUCUCAGAAAAAAAAACUAAAAAAAAACUAGAAUAAAUAAAUAAAUCCACUCUGCAGCAAUGCCUAUGAUACAAGGUGUUGAGCCCGUUUCUCUGUCUUUCUUUUUUUUUCGCGAAAAAAAAAAAAUUCUCAUCAUCUUACUUCUCUGUUGA